GAUCAGACAUUAGUUUCUUUCGCCUAAACUAGAUAGUUUUUAUUGAAUUUUUGGACGAAAAUGAACAUUUUUACUACUAACUCGGUAUUAAAAGUUUGAUUUUAGCAUUCCUGAACAGGAAAAACCACUCAAAAUGUAUGUAAAUCUAUAAGUAGUUCUCAAAUUUUGCAUGUGUAAACAAAACCAUUGAGAGGAAGACACCAAUGGAUGCCAUGGAAGAAAACACUUCCUAUGAUAUGACGAAGAUUUGUCGAUCCUGUCGGAAGGACGGACAAAUGUUACAAUCUAUCUUCCAUUCGUCUGGGGAUGACGGUAUUGCACUGCAUGAAAUGCUUGUCGAGUGUACGUCUAUCCAGAUUCAUUUUAACGAUGGGAUGCCUCAACAUGUCUGUUCCAACUGCGCAAGAGAUAUCAACACGGUGUACAACUUUCGGAAGCGUUACGAGGAAAGCGACCGAUUGUUACGCGAAUAUGUGUCACAACAGCUAAGCUCCAGCAAUGUUAAGGUAGAAGAAAUCGAUAUUAAAUCGGAACAGCUGGCUUUCUACGAUGUCAGUAUGCAUCCGUCCGAGCAUGAUGCGCUACAGGCUGAUGAUGACGAUGACGAUGGGUUCGAUGGACAUUUGGAGUACGGUGAAACGGCAUUCGUCUCGGCCGAACUGGCUGAUGACAGCGAUGAACAAGCGAACGAAACACUGAGACAGUUCUCUCAACCUAACCAUGAAUUUGUGGCCAUUGAUGUGAAUCCGUCAAAACUGUUGGAUGUGAAAAGAAACAAAUUGUGUAUGAUAUGCAAUAAAGCCUUUACUCGGACAGAUCAUUUGACGCGGCACAUGAGAACGCAUAUCGGUGGUCCCGAGGGACUGAUAAAGUGUUCAAUUUGUAAUCGAGGAUUCACCCGGAAAGACCACAUGAUGCGCCAUAUGAAGAUACAUAGCAAGGAUUUUAAUUGUGAAUUUUGUGAGAGGAAAUUUUCAACGCUGGAUUACAGCGAGUACAAAACGCAUAUGGCUACGGAGCACCCGGGGAAGGAAUUACUGCAUGUUCGGAAAUAUAGGAAGCGUAAGCUCAGCUCGGACACACCAAUCACAGCGGAAAUGGUUUACGAUAAAGGAAAAAUGGAAGCCAUUUGUCGGCUUUGUGAUGCCACUUUUGACCGAAUUGUAGAACUGCGAAAUCAUUUGAAAGUACACAUCGAUCCGACAUCGUUCGCCACCGUCAACAUCCAAACGAAACCGUACCUGUUUGAGGAAGGACGUGUCGUGGACAACUUCCUGGAAAAUAUCAUACAUCGCGUCUACAAUUGGGAAGUGAAUCGGUUCUAUCAGAUAGUAGAACCAGACGGCGAAGAACUGGGACUGAGUGAUUCGGAUUCAGAACCAGAAGAAGGAGAACCGGCUAUAGACGGAAUUAUUCGACGCGAGCAUUCCUGUGCUGUUUGUCAGCAAAGUUUUAGUAGAAUUAAAAUGAUCAUGGAACACGCCAUCGACCAGCACAAACCGGAAGAGCUUCUGGCUUGUACGCACUGUUCACGAGGUUUUCCGAACAAAGCCUUACUGUUGCGUCACCUGAAGCACCAGUGUGAGAAUCACGACAAGAAGAUUCACUGCCCGUUUUGCAACGAAAGAUUUAUGUGGCAAACCAGCAUGAAUAAGCAUGCUCAGCAGAAGCACAAACCCACGAAACCUUUGCUGCAGCGGCCGGAUGACGAAACCGAGGAAAAAAAUCAUAUCUGUCAAAUAUGCAACAAGAGCUUCAUCCGACGGCAGCAUCUGGAUCGCCACAUGAGCAUUCACAUCCCGGACGAGAAGAAAUUCAAAUGUACCGAAUGCAACAAAGCAUUCAACCGGAAGGACAAUUUGCGGACGCACAUGAAGAUCCACUAUCGGGAUCCGGCGGAUGCGAUACCGAAACAGGACUUCCUAUGCACUCUGUGCGGGCGAGCUUUCUCCAAGUCGUCGAAUCUGACGGUGCACAUGCGGAGGCACACCGGCGAGCGGCCGUACAAGUGCGACAUUUGCGAUAAGGGAUUUCCACGGUCCCUGGAUUUGCAAUACCAUCGCAGAACGCACACCGGUGAGAAGCCAUGUAUUUGCAAAGUUUGCGGAGUUGGUUUCACGAGGUCACACAAACUUAUCGUACACAUGAGAACUCACACUGGAGACAGACCGUACAAGUGCACUUACUGCGAUCGCGCCUUCGCCCAGUCCAACGAUCUAACGCUGCACGUCCGACGGCAUACGGGCGAAAAACCGUACGCCUGCGGGAUAUGUGACGAACGAUUCAUCCAGGGAACCGCCCUCCGAAGCCACCAGCAAACUACCGGACAUUUCAGGGACGGUGACACCGGGCAAUACUCUGGUCGGACCGGGCCACGAAAAUCGAAACUGGCCCGGGAACCGUCGUUGACCGUACUUUAGGUGUAGAUAACAGUUGGGAGAAGCUUAAUCGCUUCGCCCGGAUUUUAGAGUAAGUUAUGUGGUUUGCCUCAAUGAGUGAUUUCAUCCUUCAGUUUUUAAUUUGUCGUAAUGUGGAGAGUUUUACAUUCAUGAGCAUUUUUUUAAAUUAAUUACACAAUAAGUGAUAGGAUGGUUAUAAGCAACAGCUUACUUCAUCGAAUUAGCGGAAGAGUUGCUUGUAACAUCAUUUGCAAAUUCAAAAUUCAAAAAAGUACUUUUUAAAUUAAACAUUUCAUGCAUGAAUUUUCAAUCAAAGGUUUGUUUUUUUUUUUAAUAUUUGAGAAUUGUCUACUCAGUUGCGUUUCGCCUUCAACUCAUCAGUGCAUAGCAGUUCAAACUGAACUGCUAUUGCCACUUAGCACUUCAACCAAUUUCUGCAAGGUGAUGAGAUUUGAGAUACUCAAAUUUCUCAGUUUAGGUCGAAUUCUUUCUCGAGAAUAUUGUACAUUAUGUUACCGUUUCAACUUUAUAAAAUCAGGAUCGACUUUAUCCGAUUUGGACGAAACUUUGCACACGACUUCAGUACAACAAAAAACAUUUUUUGCACAGAUGGAAAGAACAAUUUUACUUCAUUUUUUUACAUCAUUGAAACUUGGAAACUGUUAUAGUUGUAGAAUUGGUAGUAAAAUGGUAAAUGAACACUCUAAAAAAUCUUAAAACUAAAAAAAAGUUUUUCGUUUUUUUCAAGAAUUUAAAAUUUGACCGAAAAACAUAAAUCAUUGAGAGAAAAAAAUGCGCUCAAUUUUUUUUAUAUUUUUUUUUGAAUCGGUGUGAUUCAUUAAAAAUUUGAGUUCAUUGAAUUUCAUGUCCAAAUAUCUCAAAAACGGCUACUUCUACGAGAAGGUAAAUUUAUUGCAUCUCUAGACUCACAUUCUGUUCUUAAUUUUACUCAGCAUAAACCACUUUUUGCAUCGAAAUGCCGUUUCUUCACCGAAGAAAGAUCGCAGUAGGCGUGCGUAUAGGAACCCAUCCAGUGAAUCCGAAAAUCGGACGCAUCGUGCACGAAAGUUUUUGAUUGCGUUUCGAGCUUACAUAGUGUAUCGGUAGAACAAAAGAGUGAAGAUAUACCAAAGCAGAGAGCGGAUGUCUGAUACUCAGGGGAUGGGAUAUAUCGGGGCUGAAUUUCCAACCCCGAACAUAGGGCCAGAGUUUUUCUGGCCUUAAGAGGCGAAUGACCUUAGGGCACAUUCAGUAGUGUUCUAGUUCUAGAUGCAUAAUUUAUGCCAGUUACAAAAUUUAAAUCUGAAUUUUAUAACAAGAAAAACUGGCAGCCCCAGCAGUGUUUUACUCGUGUUUCAAAUAUACAAAAAAUAGAACGACAUCGUAGACCAGUUUUAAAUUUGACAGAAGAACUGGUCGAAUAAAUAAAACUAGAACGGCUUGCUGGGGAUACGUUUGUUCCAGUUUCUGUUCUAUAAUAGAUCUACCAUAUAGAACUUCUAGCUGCGGAAUUUGCUCUUAAGGUUAAAGCCUCUAUGAUCGAAACAAAAGAAUGUUUAACACUUUCACAUCCAAUCGGUGAAACGCCGGCUCGGAAAUGCCUUGUUUGAUAUUUCUUCGCUCUGUUUCUCUAGCGAUACAUAAUGUAAACAUAAAGCUUUUUUAGAUCGACGCGGUUGAUGCAAAUGGUGAAGAAUUGUCCGAUGACGGGCCGUUCGAAGCGCUACGAUCGGCCUCAUAUCGUGCUCAAUCGGUCCGAUGAUCGGACUUAUGCGUUGGUUAUUGAGAUCUCGGAAAAUAGUGGAAUGAUUUGUGCCGAACUUGUUAGCAGAAAUUUUACUGUUAGUUCGGCAAAAGCGAUUGGGGUUGAAUUAAGAAUUGCCGAGUCAUCAGUAAUUGAAGGUGGAAUGGAUUUUUCUUUAUUCUUGAAUGAAAAACAAGGCAAAGGUUGGAGAAAGAGGGUGUUUUAUUAUCUUCAUUUAUAUCUACUAAGCAAACAAAGGAUUGAAACAAUCUUGAUGUGAUUAUCAAUUGACAUCAUCACGCCUAGUCAAUUUUUUUCUAGUGCUCCCCAACGCCUCUACCUGGAAACAGAUAUUAAUAAUUAUAUUUGCGAAGUAGAUAGUUUUUUAGUUCACUUAGCUUGUCACGAAAUAUAAAAGUCUUUGUCCUUCUUCCAAUUUAUAUGUUUUCCAGCUCAAUGUAGAAUGGCGACCAACUUUGCAAAAUCGAAAAGAGACACUAGAUGACAAGUGUCUCACCGAGUUCCAGUUAAAACUAUGUCACUGUUCGAAAUCUCGGCAAACGGAUUUGCUGAUCGGUAUAUUUGUUGUUUACUGACAGGUUCAGUAUAAUAUUAUGCCAAACUUCGGCAAAAGUACGCGCUUUACCGAGAUAUCAGCAUAUUACUUUAACGAAUUCCGGAAAAGAGUAUGUGGAUUACUGAACAAUCAGAAAAAUGUCGUUUUGCCGAUCUACUUCGGCAUUCUUUACUUCAGCUUGGCGCUCGAGAAUCGGUUUUAAGUGUGUACAAACGGUCUUAAGUCGAAUAGGUAUCUCCAAAUACAAGCGCUUAUGGUUUUUUCCAAGUAUUGACCAUUACUAGCUACGCAUUUUUUCCACCUUUAUGGAAUUUUGUGAAUUCCUUACCGAAGACAAAUCCGCCUCUUUUGAUUCACCUUUUAUAAUUUUGCCACAGAUUGCGUGUUUCAUCGACGCAAACAGGUAAAAACUGAAAUACCUAGGUUUGGAGAAUAAGCCGCAUGUGAUAGCACUUCCCAUUCGAAUUUCUCUUUUCGCAGCAGGAUCGAUUUGGGAGUAUAAAACCGAGAUUCAUAGUAUUUGUUUUCACCAAACGCGCAGUGCCGAAUCGAUUUGGUUUCUCAAUCGAUUUUUAUGCCUCAACAUACCAUAGUGUUUACCGCUUAGGAUACUCAAAGAAGUUUUCGUUUUUCAUCGCCAGUCGCAAUCCAAUGUGAAAACGUCUUCCUUUUGAUACCUUUUCAAAAGCAUUUCACAAAAUUCAUUUAUGGUUUCAUUCUUUUCACAGGGUACCCAUUUUUCCCACUGUUAACUAAUUUCAGUUGCCAUUUUUGCACGACCCCCUAAAUGCUUUAAAUAAAUGCGCCUGUAUCAUGUUUCUUGUAAACAAUCUUUAAAAUUUGUUUUGAGUAGCAACGUUGAUAAGCGACUAGUGGAUACAAUAAUAAAUCCAAGCGGACAACAAUCCGUGAUUUGGAGUUAGAAAAUUUUUGUAAUUAUGUAGAUUGAAUAGAUAUUUAUCGAAAUGCUAUUUAAGUUAUUGGUAUUUGAUUGGCCUGUUUUGGAAUGACAGCACCCAUGAUACGAAAUACGUGCGAUUGAAAAAUGGAAUCUGCUUGAAAUUCAAACAUUGACGGAUUUACUGUCACAAUUUCAAGUAGUGUAGAUAAUAAAAACAAAUUGAGUGCUUUAAGAAAUCCAAACAAACCAUAAGUAUUGUUGCCAAAUUUGAAUAAAAUAUUUGACAUGUAAAUGGUAGCCGGAUUACGCCAAAUGAUAAUCAGAAUAGCAAUAACUGGAGCCAGAAUUAAUUGAAAACGCCAAAUUUGAUGGAUUUUUUCUGGAUUAUUCAAAAAUUUGUGCAAGUUUACCACGCAUCGACGAAAAUGUAGAACAACUUAUUGAAAUAAAGAAAAAUCAAGCCAAAUAAGUCUAACAGCAGCUGAAAUUCGGAAUGUGUUCCACCUCGAAAUAAAUACUUGUCUUCAUUGAAAUCGUCACCUACGUCUCUGCUUCAUUUUUAUUUCGCAACACGUUACCAUUGGUAACAAUUGUCCGAAACUUUGAUUACUUGAAUUCCAAUGUUUUGCAUAAUACAAAAUAACCUUUUUUUUCGAGAAAAAAUAUUGAUAAAAAAGUCAGCGACGAAGUAUUUUCGAGGACGCGUUUCAAAAAUCGAUGAUUUGCGGUAUCAGAAGUCAAAAAAUCAAAACAAAAAGCAAAACUUUGUGAUUGGGUAUUUUAUAUGUAGGUAGCGUGUGCAAAAUUUGUAAAUAAUUGGUGAAGUAGUUUUUAAGUGACGAUGGACAUGGACUUUUAAAACUUACUUUCGAGAAAAUUGCGUUUAACGUUUAUUGUCUAUAAAAUCGAAGGAAACAAUUCAUUUUUCUAGGUCGCGCAUAAGGUGUAGCACUUUAGAAAAAUCAUAGUUUUUCUUUAUAUUUUGUUAUAAUAAAACAUUUCAAGAACGUUUCGUUAAAUUUUCAAGUCAAUCGAAGUAGAACUCUUUAACCUGUGCGUCAAUUUCUUGCCUCUUCGCAGUAUGUAAUAAGAAAAGAUAAAAGCCCAUAUCUUCCAAGGUAUUGUUCCGAUUGGAUUGAAAAUUUGACAAAAUAAUCUUGAAAUGUUUUACAAUAAGAAAAUAUAAAGAAAAAAUGAAUAUUUUUUCAAAAGUAUUAGACCCUACCCGCCUUUCAAAGGUUGCGUUAAAUUAAGCUAUUCAAUAGGUAUUAUUCAACUUCAAAAUUGGCAAAAUUGUCAAAAUAAUUCUUCACUGAAUUUGAAAAGCAUAUUCCGACAAACUUGCUUCAAUUGAUAAUGUAUUCUAUUUGUUGCGCAUCGUUUCCUCAGACGAUAGAUUGCAAUAUCAAUUUACUCACAAGAAGUCCUAUGAGACCUUGAACUUGUAAUUCUGUUGAAAGAUCUUUUCUCUGUGCUCACUUUUAGACAACAAAAAAAAACUUCUCCAGGUACACAUUUUGCACACUUAUUCCUAGAAAGCUGCUAACUUAUAAGGAUAAAUUUUUAAAUAUUACCAUUCAAUUCUGUUACUUAUAACAGAAUUAAAUGGUAAUAUUUAAAAAUUUAUCCUUUUAAAAUCAUUCUGUUCAAACACUCAAACGAAAAGUUAAUGCUAACUUAUAUUUUUUUGUUCCGAACUUGUUACCGUAACAAAAUUUAUUACUUGGAUACCGAAUAGUUAAAUUUUUACCAAAAUGUUCAAUUAUUUUGCGAAAUGAUCCACAGUCUUAAUAGGUAAUUGGAGCGAAUGAUCAUAUUUUUUAAAUGUGUGACCGACCGACCGUUCUAUGUAAAUUUGGGGAACCAAUAAUUAAGUGUAUUUACAAGCAUUACCAUAGAUGUCAAUCCGAAGCUAGAGUUAACUUAACGGUUUAGUGAGUAAGCAAAUACAAAUCAAAUGUAUGCAUGCCAUUUUCGAAACAAGCAUUCUUUUCCUAGGUUUAAUUGUUUGAUUGAGUGACAUAGGCAAUGAAUACCGAUAAUAAAUG